AUGAAGAUGUUGGCGAUCCUCGUCUGUGCUGCAAUAGCAGCAGCCGCACCUCCAGCACGACGAGCUGUCUCAAACCCUCAAGAAAUCCAAAUUGUGCAGUAUGACUCGCAUAACGAUGGACUUGGAAACUAUAAUUACAACUUUGAACUAAGCGAUGGCACUAAGAGGGAUGAACAAGGGGAAAUAAGGAAUGCUGGCACUGAAGACGAAUUCAUUGCAGUAAGAGGAUCCUACAGCUGGGUUGACUCUGAUGGCAUUUCUAAAACUGUCUUAUACAUAGCUGACGAUAAAGGCUUCCAACCAAUAGUUGAACAAGGACCAAGUGGCCCUCUACCUAUUGCAGUGAUAAAGUCUUUACUGAACCAAUAAAUUGCACGGUAAUCAAAAACGGAGCUAUUGAAAUUAUAUUAACAUUUUUAUGCUCAGAAGUAUUUAUACGUGGAUUACAAUAAACAAUCUAUCAAAAUAUCUGCCUCAUUUACUAACGUCACUCACAAAUUCUUAUUAUUUUCCAUGCAAAGGAUACAAAUUCAGAUGCGAUCACAUGAUAUAUACGGGGGAAAAGCAGCGGAAUAUACUUAACUUUUAAGCCUGAUUAGAUGUUUAAACUAUUCGUGUAAUACCUAUUUAUACAGGAUUCUUACUUAAUUUUACAUACUUUGUUAUCAAAGUAUUAUACGUUUACAAUCAAAGACAUAAUAUUUCAUUGCCCAUGCCUAUGAUUGGCUUUAGUGGACGUUCGGCGUAUGUGAAAAGGGAUAUUGUAAUUAAAUAGAUAAAAGCGUAAUAAAAGAGCCUGUCCUAUAAUCUAAAAGAACUAUUAACAUAAUAGAUUCAAUAGCUAUUAGAAAUAAAUCUCUGUCCU